AUGGAUCUUGGGAAAACGACAAGAGGGGCUGUAUUGGGUUGUAUACUGGUUCUUUUCACAUUGGUUCUGGAUGCGUCAGGUGACUUUGUGUUCCCUGUGCACCAUAAGUUCAAGGGCCAGCGGUCUUUGAGUGCAUUGAAAGCCCAUGAUGCUCGCCGCCAUGGUAGAAUUCUAGCCUCUGCAGUCUCAGGCUCUACUUCUGCUGUGGAUCUGGAAAUAGGCGGCAAUGGCCAUCCUUCCGACACUGGCCUCUACUUCGCCAAACUUGGGAUUGGUUCACCUUCAAAGGACUAUUUUGUCCAGGUCGAUACAGGAAGUGACAUUUUAUGGGUCAAUUGUAUUGACUGCACAAACUGUCCCAAGAAAAGUGAUAUUGGUGUGAAGCUCACAUUGUAUGAUCCAAAGAGCUCUUCAACGUCACAACCUGUUACUUGUGAUCAAGACUUUUGCACAUCCAAAUACAGUGGUCAGCUCCCUGGUUGCAGGCCAACCUUGCUCUGCGAAUAUGAUGUGACUUAUGGAGAUGGAAGCGCAACAGCUGGUUACUUUGUGAAGGACAAUAUUGAAUUUGAUGAAAGAACAAAUGGAAGUAUGGUAUUUGGUUGUGGAGCUAAACAAUCUGGGCAGCUAGGUAAGUCUGCUGAAGCACUUGAUGGGAUACUUGGUUUUGGGCAGGCAAAUUCAUCUGUGAUUUCACAGCUGGCUGCAUCUGGAAAGGUCAGAAAACAAUUUGCACAUUGCCUGGACAAUGUAAAUGGAGGUGGGAUUUUUGCCAUUGGGGAAGUGGUGCAGCCAAUAGUGAAGAAUACAACUCCAUUGGUGCCAAAGCAGGCACAUUACAAUGUUGCGAUGGAGGCAAUUGAGGUGGGUGGCGAUGUGGUACAACUUCCCACAGAUAUAUUUGACACUGGAGACAAGGAAGGGACAAUAAUUGACAGUGGUACAACCUUGGCUUAUCUUCCAGAGGAGGUUUAUCAACCAGUCAUGAGCAAGAUCUUUGCAAGUCAGCCUGACUUGAAAUUACAUACAGUUGAUGAGCAGUUCAAAUGUUUCCAGUAUUCCAAGACUGUCGAUGAUGGAUUUCCAGUGGUGAAGUUCCAUUUCAAGAAUUCGGCUUCAAUGACGGUAUAUCCUCGUGACUAUUUGUUCCAGUUGAAGGAUGAUGUUUGGUGCUCUGGUUGGCAGAGCAGUGGGAUGAAAUCCGGAAAUGGAGAUUCCAUGACCCUUCUGGGAGAUUUGGUGCUUUCAAAUAAGCUAGUCAUUUAUGAUCUUGAGAAUCAGGAAAUUGGGUGGAUGGAUUACAACUGCUCUUCAAGCAUCAAAGUGAGAGAUGAGAAGUCAGGGGGAAUUGACACUAUUGGUGCCCACAAUCUUUCUUCAGCUUCCACUUUAACAAUUGGAAGAUUAUUGAAAUUCUUGUUCUUAAUAAGUUCCGUGCUGCUGCAAAUAUCUUCUUUGUAUUAG